AUGGUGCAGGUCACAGACAAUGGUACUGUCUCAGAAGCAUACGCAGUGACCAACGGAGUGAAGAAGGGUUGUAUACCCGGCCCCAUCCUCUACGGCCUCAUGUUCACUCUCAGGCUGAUGGCGCCUACCGUGAUGAGCACCGUACCCCGAGAUUCGCAUCGCCGACAGCCAUCUCAACAGCCCGGUGUAUGCGUGGCAGUUCGCGUCUCCUUGCCCUCCGCUGCAAGAGAAGUGCCCGGAAAUGCAGAUCCACCCCUAUACUACAUUCGUGGACUUCACGAAAGCCUCCGACACGGUGAUCCGCCUUUGUCAUGCUGCCUUCCUGUCCGCCUCACAUUCCUUGUCGAUACGCUGCUGGGACGCGCGGGGCUUGUCACCAGCCUCGCGAGUGCUCCAGGCCAAUCAACGCUGUCACCCCUCUGA